AUGAGUAUUCGAAACUACACUUUACUACUUUUCAUGAUGGUGGUCGUUGAUGUUGGACUUGCUGCCAUUAUUUCGACUGCGAACUGCAACUUUGUUCGGCGUAGCUACGACGUGACACUGCAGCUAGUCUACGCAUACAAGAUCCAGUUUGCUAGUGGAAGUGAAAAUCAAUUGGAAGGUACGGAGAUAGCUAUUGCAAACGCUGUUGCGCAAGCGUUGGACACUUGUGACGACAUGGACCGUCCUCUAUUUGCAGUGAAAACGGGUGCCAAACACAUCUUCACUGGACAAGAUGAGAGCGCCGUUGCAGAUGGAAAACCGAACACUUAUUUUGCCACGGGUACAACAGAGAUUCUACUGGAUUACUUUUCAGCCCAGGCACGCGAAGAAGCAUACGCAGCAAUCAGGAUUGCUUUCAAGAACGCUACUAUUAUUAAGAUUUUUGAUCAGACAGUUGUUCAAACAGAAUAUAUACACGCCAUAAAUGAGGCUCUCGUUUUUCCAGAGGAAGACACAGCCAGCGGAGACCGAGAAGAAUUAACUGUUGUCAUUGCCAUUGCUACUGGGAUUGUUGCCUUUCUCGUCGCUGCACUUCUCUGUUUUGGGUUAAUGCACGAGCGAAAGAAAACGAAGGCCCACUACAACACGAGCCAUGGCUUUGAUAAAUUUGAGUCGAUAUCAAGCAGCAGAAGCCAGAAAUCCGAUCAUAUGUCGAGCAAUAGGAGCUUUUCAAGACUAACAGACGAUUUUUCGUCAAAGGAAUACAGUAUGAUUGAGGAAAAGUAUCAUGACCAACAUAAUUACUUACCCUCGACCAUCUGGAGUGUCUCAGACAUCACUUCAGAUGACUCUGGUUCCAUCAGAUCAUUCCUUUCGCGAGCAACAACCAAACUCGAAAGCAUUGAAGAAGGAGAAGAAAAUGAAGAAAUGAUGGAAAUGAACCGUCGUCGUCACAAACGGAGGACUUUGAAGGAAUAUGAUUGUUUCCAAUUCAAGACAGGAUCUGUCUAUAUCUCGAACCUAGCGCAGUGUCAGAAUUCUCUUACUAUGCCCAAAACUGAAGAUUUGGAGGUCGGAAUGCCACAAGACUUACAAAUCCUUGUUGAUGGAACGAAUCAGUUGUCUGCUGAUGCGGUCCCAAAAGUGCAACACUCUAGCAGCCAUGGCAAUGCAGCGAUACCAGCCUCUACAUGUAGUGUGAAGAAGGAUCUCGGGCAGGUAAAGGGUGACUUUGAAAAGUCGAAGAUUCAGGAAAUCAUUCCUACUGCACCCAUGAUAUCCACCAACACAGAAGACAGCGAGGAGCAUGCAAGCGAGUGUGAGAGCAUAAAGAAUGCCACUGAGAAAUCCAAACUACCAGACAAUGGCGGAGAUGGUGAAGAAAUAGUGGCAAGCUCUUCUGAAGUUGAAAGCAAUGACAGUGCUGAUGAAAAGGAUGACAUCCGUUCAGUAAUUGACAAUGACAGCGUUGCAAGGGACAGCACUCCAUCAAAUUCAUCAAUUGAAGAUUCAGCCCACUUCAACCACGAACGUUCAGUCAACAUCAUGAUUGAUCGACAAGAUGAUCUACAAAUUGACACAAGUGUAGCUGUCAGUCCAGAGGUGGGUAUCACACCAGUAACAAGCAAUAUAGCUGGUCCGGAAUGUAUGAUUGAUACUGGAAGUCCGUCGAUACUACUUUCCAAUGAUUCAGAGAUCCGAAGUGCGGAAGCACUUGCACUAUGCGUUCAGCCUUUCGAGGCCUCUCAGCUUCAGGAUUCUUCGGUUCGUUAUGAUGAAGCGAACUAUGAGUUGGAUCGCGAAAACACCAGCCUCUAUUCAUUGGAUAUGGACGAAACUAUUGUUACGAUUAUUGAUGACAUUAUUGCCGCUAUAGACGAUUCGAAGCUAUUGGAUACCACGGCUGAGCAAUCGAAAGCUUCAGGCAACAAUGAGACAAUAUUGGACGAUAUUCAAACGGAAAAGUCUGAUGAUAGUUUCUUCGUGGAUGAUGACUCUGCAUCAGAUAUUGAGGACUCGGGUAGAGAAAUUUCUACGGAAGUCCCGAGUUCUUCAAUUUCACAGCCAAGACGCGGGUUUGUUUUGUCAGAUGUCACAAACUCUUUUAUGCUGAACGAGUUGAAGAAGAAGCGUGUUGCUACUGAUGAGUCUUCCGACACCAAUACUACCUACACACUAUGA